AUGGCAUCUCUUCUACUGAUCUUGGGCCUGUCUAGAUCGGACGAAAACCCCCCGCGAUCUCGUCUCACCUGGCAUCGUCGUCGUCGUACAGAGACCACUGCACCUCCACCGUAUCAGGCAGAAGCAGACAUUGUACCAGAUAUUCCCGACCCGACAGUUCGUGAUGCUGGGUCAGAGCCCACGAGCGAGACCGUGGAAGAGAGCCCUACUACUACCCAGCACGACGAGGACGCACUGGCAGAUGACGAGGCCAGCGAGCCUUCUAGUCACGCGUCCACUACCCAAGAGGCUGCUGGAAAGAGCACCGCGUCGAGUCUCUCUCGAACUCGUGGCUCUAACCCUCUGAAGAGCAUCAUUACCCGCUUCCGCUACAGCAAAUCCAGCAAACCCAAUGAACAAAACGAGAGCUCGGAGCCAGCCCAACCAACCCAUCAUCCAGCAGAGAGUGAGGGAUCAGAAGCCCCGACCCGCCUUCCAGGUGCCUUCUCUCCUCUAUCUCGGAACCCACCCUCUGCCGGCUCGGAGGCUACAGAGCAGCAGCGAACCGUUAGUGGUCAAACUGCUGAAACACAGGACUCGGAAAAUACCAGUGCAACAGUGCACCGGCACUCUUCUCAGCUCAGGACCCCGGUUUUGGAAUUGCAGCAAGAUUGCUUCUCGCCAGCUUUCUUCUCAGACUAUGGGCCAGAGGCCAGUCACUUUGCCGAAGGAUCAGAUCCCAUCGAGGAAGGGAUGCCUCAGGCAAAUGCGCGUGCGCCUUCAAAGCGUUCUUCAAAGCGCUCCUCAACGCGCUCCUCGAACCAGUCUCCCAAGCAUAUCUCCAAGCGAUCUUCGAAGCAGCCCUCGCAUGAGCAAAACAACGAGAGUGGAUCCACUAGUAUGCAGCCCACUUCACAGCCUCCUCCUAAAGAUCAGAGCGUGUUCAGCUCCCGCCAUACAUCUAAUGCCAGCUACGCGAGUCGAGCUUGUCUACUUGAUCCCGUGAGGGCAAUUAGAGGAUUCAAUUUGCUUUCGGAGCAGUACAACCUCCAACUCAAGCUCGUUGAAGAAGCUCUAGCAUAUUUUGUUGGAUUUGAUGAAUUUACGCCAGCGGCAAACAAGGCAGACCAAGACCACGUUCAAAACCGAAAUCUGGGGUCGAGACUAAUUCCUGGGCCUUUGAAAUUACCAGCAUGCUUUGUGGCGAUGAUUCUGUACCUGCGAAAAUAUGGUCACAACACCAACGGUCUAUUUAAUGAGGGCGACGCCCGAGGUGCCAAUCGUCUGUACGACUACUUUGCCAGUCACGUAUUGGACGCAGAGAAGGAAGACUCCAAAAUUGCGAUAACCAUGCGAACGAUCGCAAUGCCGUAUUGGGAGGGAGAGUCAAGCUCGGAACAAACAUUGACAGAGGGUCUUACAUUCCAAGCACUCUUGACGGGGCUGCCAGACGGGCUCCUCGGCUCUGUUCAACUCUUCGAGGCUCUUCAGACCAUCUACGAUGCCGACAUAGUUGCGCCUAUCCCAGCUACUCCAAGAAUCCAACUCAUCACUUUUGCCAUUAUUGCAUUGACCAGCGAAAUGCAGCGGGCUCUGCUCUGCGCUACCUUUGGGUUAUUAGUCCGGCUUGGUCAAGCAUCGGAUGCAGACCGGUCUGUUUUGCCUGCCGGGACUCCACUCCGACGAGUGGCGGGUCCGCAAAAUCUAGAUUAUUUUGCACGGGCUUUUGCACCGACUCUGCUUGGAUAUCGGCACCUGCGAGAUAACCCCGAGGAGGCCGGGUAUCUUGCUAUCGUGCGGCUACUGAUGGAGAACUGGCAAGGCGUGAACCGACAGUUGCGGGAUUGGGCUGCAGGGGUAAAGCAGCAAGAGUGA